AUGGCGGAUGAGCUUUCGAACCUAUGGGCGAAUCUGACCCUGUCGGAAGGCAAAGAUGGAGAGAUUGAAAUCAACACGUCUAAAGUGCAAGGGGUGAUUAAGAGAGGCCAAUCCUAUGUGGUAGGCAAACUAGUGUCCGAUAGGAUGGUUAGUAAGGAGACAAUCAAGACCACACUGAUGCGCUGGUGGAGAUUGAAGGGGACCUUUACUUUCAAAAUCCUAGGGAGUAAUUUAUUCUUGAUUGAAUUUGAAUCGGAUCGGGAUAAGAUCUGGGUAUUGGAGGGCAGACCUUGGGUGUUUGAAGGCAAUUUAUUCAUGGUAGAAGAUUUUGAUGGUCAUACCUCGCCAUCGAAAUUCACCUUCGAAAAAGCCUCCUUUUGGGUGCGUAUGAUGAACUUGCCUCUAGCGUGCAUGGGACGUGAGGUAGGGAUCAAACUUGGAGGCUCUCUCGGACAGUUAGAGGAGGUGGACACUGACCGCGAUGGGAUCGGAUGGGGGGAGUUCCUUCGGGUCAAGAUCAUGAUUGAUCUAUAUAAACCUCUCUCACGUGGACGUAUGUUGAAAUUUGACAGUAAUACAACUUUAAUUGGAUUCAAGUAUGAACGUUUGCCAAAGUAUUGUUAUCACUGUGGGGUGAUUUGUCACGGAAUCGAAGGAUGUUUGAAACGGAGUUUGUUGAGAAACAAAGAGACCAUUCAAUUUGGGCCUUGGCUGCGAGCUACCUCUCCCACACGGAAACCAGAAAAAGUGCAUGAACGUCACACAGAUCAUGCAGACUCAUCGAUAUUUUCUCCAUUUGCACCAGAAGGAGGGACACAGCGUGAUGGCCACUAG